AUGACCGUCGACUCGUCAUUCCUCACUUCCAUCAUGUCCCCCCAAUCCUUUUCCUUUUCGCCCGGCAGCCUUCCAAACCAACAGGGUGGCCAGUCCAACAACCCUUUCGACUACAACAUGGUCUCGCCCCACUCGGGCGCCGUUGAACUGCCGUCUUCGUCCUCGCCUCACAGCUUCCAGCCCCAUGCCAUGUUUGGCCACCUCAACUUUGGCGCAGAGAACAGAGAACCCCCAGUUGUCGCAGCAUCCGACACAAAGGACAACCGCUCGCGAUCCCAGUCGUCGUCACGCUCCUCCAACAUUGGAAAGGCUCCCAGUGCCCGCGCUCGCUCCGGACGUAAACUGUCCAUGAACGACGUUCGACCAACCGUUCAGCCACCCCGUGGACGAACAAUGGCCCCGCCUCGAUCCAUGUCAUUCCAGACGGAGAGCAAGCCGGCCCCCGGAUCUCUCCUUCCCCUUGGCCCCCAGCGAGCCAAUUCAAUCACGUCCGCCGACUUGGCCUUUGAACACCAGUACGGCAUCGCCAUCCCACACACCGACUUUGGCCAAGGCAUGUGGGCAGGAGGAAGCGCGCCGAGUGUACUUCCUGAGGGCAUGGCCAGCUACGGGGCCAGUGUAGAGGGUGGUGGGCUUGAGAGCCCCGUUACGCCCGCGCAGACUGUGGCUACGCUUCUUGGUGACGAGAGUAGGAAGCAACGCCGCCGCGAGUGCCACAACCAAGUCGAGAAACGCCGCCGCGAGCACAUAAACGCCAUGAUCGAGGAGCUCAACAAGCUCCUUCCCGCCAAGUUCAAGAUGCCCAUGGAUAACGACAUUGCGGUAGAGGACGACGAGGACGAGGACCCAAACAACCCCGAGUCCCCAAUCAAGAAGAAGAAGUCGAAGCGUACCGCAUCCACCUCCAAGCAACAGAAAGACUCUGCCCAAUGCAAGGGUCGAAUCCUUAGCGACAGCGUUCACUACAUUCGCGACCUUCAAUCCGUCAAUGAACAGCAGUCUUCCCGUAUUCGGUAUCUCGAAGGGCUACUGGACAACCAGCUCUUGCAGCAGAACCAGUCUUGGGCGUCGCAGAACCAGUCCAACGACCUCCCCUACCCUCACGAACAACUCGAGGCCAUGCGGGCUAGUCCCGAGCCGGACAGGCUUGUUCCUUUGACCCAGUCCGGCUGGUCUGGCUUCAACCAGCUCGUGUUUGAAACCUCACCCACCGAGGCAUCGUCCGGUGGUGACAUCCAGCGCUCUACUCCUCAAUCAUCCGACUCUCCUGAAACUGACACCAAGGACCCCGUCGUGUGGGGGCUGGUCGACUUCGCGGAGGAGCAGCAGCGGGAAGCGCGCAAGGACUCUCAACACGAGUUGCAAAGUUCACUCAGCAACAUGGAAAUUGACGUCCCCGUUGAGGACAGGCGCUCGUGGUCAAACUUUUAA